AUGGCUACCCCCAGGAGUGUUCAACGUCUACAGCAGACGCUGUCGCAUGUCCAGCCGAACUCGGCCCCGGCGCCCGUCCAAUUAUCAAUUGUCGCGGGGCCUACCCAGCCUGCGCUCUUGGAUAUUACGCUCGGCGAGUUGCUGACGAUUCAAGCUCUGCAGUAUGCCAAUUACGAGUGUCUUGUGUUUCCCUGGACUGGGGCGCGCUGGACAUAUGCCAACUUGAAGGAUGAGGCCGAUCGCCUGGCGCGGGGCAUGUUGGCCAUGGGUGUGCAGAAAGGUGAUCGCGUAGGUAUUAUGGCAGGUAAUUGUGAACAGUACAUUUCUGUCUUUUUCGCUGCUGCCCGCGUUGGCGCUAUCUUGGUGGUGUUGAAUAAUACAUACACCCCGUCGGAGCUAUAUUACGCUCUCAAUCACUCUGGUUGCAAAGUUUUAUUCAUGACACCGCGUAUUGGGCGCCAUAAUCUUGAAGAAGUCCUAGCCGAGCUAGGACCCAAACCGAAGGAAAGUGGAACCUCGAAAUCCCUGGAGGAGAUCGUGAUGCUGCGCGAAGAAUAUCAAAAUUUCCCCACCUACAACGACAUCAUCGUGCGGGGUGUUUCGCAACCGGCGCAUUUGCUUCAGGAUCGUGAAGCCGAAUUGCGACCAGAUGACGUGUGCAAUCUUCAGUUCACAAGCGGCUCAACGGGCAACCCCAAGGCUGCGAUGUUAACUCAUUAUAACCUAGUGAACAACUCGCGAUUUAUUGGAGAUCGCAUGAAGCUUACUUCCUUCGACAUCCUCUGCUGCCCCCCACCACUAUUCCAUUGCUUCGGUCUGGUACUGGGCAUGUUGGCGGUAGUGACUCACGGAUCUAAAAUUGUCUUCCCCAGCGAGACAUUCGACCCGAAGGCCGUCCUACAUGCCAUCUCAGACGAAAAGUGCACUGCCCUGCAUGGCGUGCCCACUAUGUUUGAGGCCAUUCUCAGCAUCCCCAAGCCCAACAACUUGGAUACCUCUAAUCUGCGCACCGGUAUCAUUGCGGGUGCCCCCGUUCCGCGUCCAUUAAUGAAGUCUCUAUUGGAAGACCUCAACAUGAAAGAAUAUACCAGCAGCUACGGACUUACUGAGGCAUCGCCCACCUGCUUCAAUGCUUUCACGACUGACAGCAUCCACACCCGACUGACGACCGUGGGUAAGGUUCUACCGCAUGCUCGGGCUAAAAUUGUUGACGCCAAGGGCAACAUUGUCCCUGUGGGACAGCGUGGCGAGCUGUGCAUGGCCGGAUACCAACUUACGAAGGGUUAUUGGAAUAACCCUGAGAAGACAGCCGAGACACUGGUCACCGAUGCCGAGGGUACCGUCUGGUUGAAGACUGGUGACGAGGCGUCUUUUAACGAGGAGGGCUACUGCACCAUCACCGGACGCUUCAAAGACAUCAUCAUCCGCGGUGGCGAAAACAUCUACCCCCUUGAGAUCGAAGAGCGAUUGACCGCCCACUCUGCCAUCGAGCUCGCUUCCGUUGUCGGUAUCCCAGACCAGAAAUACGGCGAGGUUGUCGGAGCUUUCAUUCAGCUCUCUGCAGGUCAGACCCGCCCCUCCGAUGAAGAUCUUCGUGUCUGGACUCGCGAGACCCUCGGGCGUCAUAAGGCGCCGCAGUAUAUCUUCGUGUUUGGAGAGGAGGGCGUACCUAGCACGGUGCCGGUGACGGGCAGCGGAAAAGUCCGGAAGGUGGAGCUACGGCAGAUGGCGACGGAAGCGUUGAGUCGUGCAACGGCCUAA